ACGGCGGGCGCUGUCAGCCCUACCGUCCCGCUCCGGGCCCUGAAGGCCGGCCAUGCCCUCGGCUGCGGCCGCGUCGCGCACCCAAGCCCGGCGAUGAGGAGCGGCGCGGAGCGCAGGGGCAGCAGCGCUGCGGCGCCCCCGGGUUCGCCGCCCCCCGGCCGCGCGCGUCCUGCCGGCACCGACGCGACCCCAGCCCUGCCGCCGGCCGCCGCCGGCCAGCCCCGGGCUCGGGACGCGAGCGAUGCCCGCGCGCAGCCGCGCCCACUGUUUCAGUGGGGCAAGUGGAAGAAGAGGAUGGGCUCGUCCAUGUCGGCCGCCACGGCGCGGAGGCCGGUGUUUGACGACAAAGAGGACGUGAACUUUGACCACUUCCAGAUUCUGCGGGCCAUCGGGAAGGGCAGCUUCGGCAAGGUGUGCAUUGUGCAGAAGCGUGACACGGAGAAGAUGUACGCCAUGAAGUACAUGAACAAGCAGCAGUGCAUCGAGCGUGACGAGGUCCGCAACGUCUUCCGGGAGCUGGAGAUCCUGCAGGAGGUUGAGCACGUCUUCCUGGUGAACCUCUGGUACUCCUUCCAGGAUGAGGAGGACAUGUUCAUGGUGGUGGACCUGCUCUUGGGUGGGGACCUGCGUUACCACCUGCAACAGAACGUCCAGUUCUCUGAGGACACGGUGAGGCUGUACAUCUGUGAGAUGGCUCUGGCCCUCGACUACUUGCGUGGCCAGCACAUCAUCCACAGAGACGUCAAGCCUGACAACAUUCUCCUGGAUGAGCGGGGACAUGCACACCUGAGUGACUUCAACAUUGCCACCAUCAUAAAAGAUGGGGAGCGGGCGACGGCAUUAGCGGGCACCAAGCCGUACAUGGCUCCAGAGAUCUUCCACUCUUUCGUUAAUGGAGGGUCUGGCUACUCCUUCGAGGUGGACUGGUGGUCGGUGGGGGUGAUGGCCUACGAGCUGCUUCGAGGAUGGAGACCCUAUGAUAUCCACUCGAGCAACCCAGUGGAGUCCCUGGUGCAGCUGUUCAGCACCGUGAGUGUCCAGUAUGUGCCCAGCUGGUCCAAGGAGAUGGUGGCCCUGUUGCGGAAGCUCCUCACCGUGAACCCCGAGCACCGGCUCUCCUGCCUCCAGGACAUGCGGGCAGCCCCAUCACUGGCCAGCGUGCCGUGGGAUGAUCUGAUGGAGAAGAAGGUGGAGCCAGGCUUCGUGCCCAAUAAAGGCCGUCUGCAUUGUGACCCCACCUUCGAGCUGGAGGAAAUGAUUCUGGAGUCCAGGCCCCUGCACAAGAAGAAGAAGCGGCUGGCCAAGAGCAAGUCCCGGGACAACAGCCGUGACAGCUCCCAGUCGGAGAAUGAAUAUCUUCAGGACUGCCUUGAUGCGAUCCAGCAAGACUUUGUCAUUUUUAAUAGAGAAAAGCUGAGGCGGAGCCAGGAGCUCACACAGGAGCCUCUUGAGUCUCUUCCUGGCCCUGCAACCAGGAAUGCCAUGGAGGCUGCGGAGGAUAGCGAGGGGGAGCACUCUGUCCUGCCCACCUGUGGCUCCAUCUGCCCCUCAGCUGGCAGCAGCUAG